CUGCUCCGCUUCUCGAUUACGCUACGAGAGGGAGAGGGAGAGGGAGAGGGAGAGCCGGAGAGGGGAAGAGAAAGCGAGAGAGACAGAGAGAGUGAAGAGAAGAGAGGAAGAAGGGAGCAGAAGUCCCCCUCGACGUCGACGACCAUGGCGGAAAAGCCGCAGGCGGUGCGUGUCCUCUACUGCGGCGUCUGCAGCCUCCCCGCGGAGUACUGCGAGUUCGGCCCUGACUUCGAGAAGUGCAAGCCCUGGCUCCGAACCCACGCUCCCGAUCUGUACCCCGAUCUCCUCAAAGAGACGGACGCGGACAAGGCCGCCCAGCAGAUGAAGUCGGUGGCGAUCUCGGGUUCCGCUGACGCAGGGGGAGAUGCGGGCGGGGCUUCUUCAGGUAGUGCUUCAGCAUCUAAGCAAGAGGAAGUAAAGCGCCUUCCUGGUGGUAAGAUAAAGAAGAAGGAGAAACAAGAAGUUAUCAUUGAAAAGAUUGUUCGCAAUAAGCGCAAAUGUGUUACUGUUGUGAAAGGCCUUGAACUUUUUGGUGUAAAACUGAGUGAUGCAUCAAAGAAGCUUGGUAAAAAGUUUGCUACAGGAGCUUCUGUUGUCAAGGGACCAACCGAGAAAGAACAGAUUGAUGUGCAAGGAGACAUUGCCUACGAUAUUGUGGAAUUCAUUACUGAGACUUGGCCAGAUGUGCCAGAAACUGCAAUUUUCUUCAUAGAGGAUGGAAGGAAGGUUGCUGCUGCUUAAUGGUUACGUCUUUAGGAAAUAAAAUUUUUGGGGAAAUUGCUUGUAGCAAUACAAUGUCUGAGCUCACUUCACCUCACUAAACUUUAUCUGUAUGCAUGGAUUUCCAUUCGAUCCCUGACCUCUUUGUAGCAGGGUGUUCUUGUUUCAAGGGGCAAAUCGUAUAGGCAAAAAAACAGUAAGGGUCAGGUCCUUUUAAAAUUAUAUAUAUCUUGUUCUGUUUGUGCUCACAAUCACAAGUAAUUCAAAUGCACUAGUGCUUUACAUGACUUGAAAUUGAAUGGGAAAUUGCUUUA